AAUAUAGAUAUUUGGGAAUGGUCUUGGAUUCGCACACUGAUCACCGCUCCUGUGGAAGAGAGUAGAAAUGGGACAAGGAGAAGAGGUAAACACCAGAAGCCCACCGGAGGUCGAGAUUCAGGAAAGAGGGGAGAUAUAUUUCUUUUACAGGCCUAAAGUAAAUAAGGAAGAAGCACAUAGCUCCGAUGAUGUGCAGCGGAUGUACAUAGUUUUAAGGCCCGAGUCCGGCGAGACGUCCACUCAAGUCAAGCAGAAAGAGGAAGAAGAAGAAGAAGAAGACGACGACCCACCGCCUACUCAAGGUGGCCAUGGCUCCCAGGAGGUAAACAUAGAGAAGAAUUCACUCCUCCGGUUCAUUGUCAUGGGCCAGAAGAAGCUCCCGGAUCCAACAAAGAAGAGCAGGCCGCUUUGGGGCUUCGUAGAGUUGGUGACCACCAAGAUUGAGGAUGUCAAGGAUGCUCUUAAAGGAGAGGAAUAUGAUACUGCGAAGAGUGGACACAGGCACAAAGCUGCAGCAAGACCAGUAGGGGAAGGCAUAUACCGCAUACUAAGGCAUCACAGCGGGAAGAAGAUGCACACCCAUCUGAUUUACAAGCUAGAAUUCCCAUCGGAAGAAGAGAAAAAUGAACCACAAGAGGCUUUAAACAUCGAAAAAGAGGCAUCUUUCCUUAUACAAAUAAAGAAUCCGACCCAGAAAGGACAGUUUAGGGGACUUAAUAAGAAGAAAAGAGCGGUGUUCCCUGCCCACCUGCAAGGACAGUUUGGGAAAUUACGUUACCAUGCUGCAGAUCCUCCUGACUUUUUAAACUAUGAAGGUUGCGAGUUUUUGCUGAUAUCAGCAUCCGACGACAUUGAAGAAGAGCUUGGGUUGGAGUUGAAGAGCGAGGUUGAAGAGACACAGGAUGCUUCUUGCUCCGACCUUCUUAACACUUUUGGAGAGACUUCAUCCACAAAUGCCCUUCUCAAAGGGAUUUGGGUUUGAAUGUGCAUGCUCUUCGUGAAUUUAACUGUCAGCUAGGAUGCAUAAUAUUUGGAAGUAGUUAAUUAGUUAGUUACUUAUUGUUGACUUUUUUUUUUUUUUUUUGGAAAUGGCAAACGAAUUAAGUGGAGAGCACCCGGGUUCGAGCUCCUUUACUCGCAAUAUUGUUGAUUAUGUGUAUAUAUUUGUUUAUGUUAGUAGUUCAGGCUUUCCAGUUCGUAUAAAUGCAGUUGUUAUGGUUAGUAAGUAACGUUGUUGAGUUAAUGGUUUGCAUAUA